AUGUUAAAUUAAAGUUAAACUAUCAAUAAUAAUCAUAAUAAUAAUUUUCGCAAAUCUAAUAAUCUAUCAUCUGUUUCUUCCAAAGAAAAACCCGAAAAAUUUUCUUUUGAAUAAUUUUUAGAAAAAGUAGGUACAUAAGAUUGGUAUUAAAUCCGUUCUUUUGUAUGCUUUUGUAUAUAAUGGUUUGUCAUAGGCUGGUUUAUAGCAAGCCAAUCUUUCCUUUUUUAAAAGCCAUAAUUAAUUGAAUAUAAUGUUAAAGAAAAAGAUCUAUGUAUAGUAUUAAAAAAUAACAUUUCUGAUAUUUUAAAACCAAAUUAAUUUAAAUCUAUUUCUAUGGAAUUUUCCCUAUAUUGCGAUUAGGAUUAUUUGAGAAACAUUUUCGUUUUUUUAGGUCCUUUGACAGCCAUUUUCUCCUAUAUUAUUUUUGGCUAUUUAAGUGAUAAUUAUGGUCGAAAACAUGGGCUUAAAUUAGCCUGGAAAAUAUUUACUUUUGGAACAAUUAUUCUUUACUUAACUAAAGUACUAUUUUUAGUUAUUUCUGGGUAUAUUAUAACUUCUUUUGGAGCUUAUUCAAUAUUAAUUAUUUAAUUAUCGCUUAUAAAUGAAUAAUCAACUGGAAAAGUAAGAGUUUUAUCAUAAGUUGGACUAAAUAUUGGAUUUAGUUUAGGUUAAUUAAUUUUUUCUUUUUUUCCUUUUGUAAUAGAAGAAUGGAGAUAAUUAGUUUUUAUCAGUGCAGUUAUUCCUGCUAUUUUACUUAAUAUUUUAAUAGAAUAAUGUAAAGAAUCUCCAAGAUAUUAUUAUACAAAAUCAAAAAUAAAAGCUUUGAGAAUGUUAAAUUAUAUAGCUUCAAUAAAUGAGAAAUAAUUACUAAAUAUAGAUUUAGAAAGAAGUGUAUGGUCAGAAGAAGCUAAAUAUAGAUAAUUUGUAUAUUAAGAUAUUUUUAGAUUCUAAUCUAUUCGAGUUUCUUUAUUCGGAGGAUUAAUUAUUUUCUUUUGUGGAGAAAUGAUGUAUAAAGCAAGUGAAAUUACAAUUCAUAGAAUUGAUAAAUAGAAUAUAUAUUUAUAAUUAUUUUAUUUGACUUUAGCAGAUUUGAUAGCAGGAAUAUUUACAUUAUUCUUUAUUAAUUUAUAUAAAAGAAAAAUCUAACUUUAAAUAACUUGUAUUUUAAGUGUACUUUUUAUUAUUACUUCUUAAAUUUUUUCUAACUUAUAUUAAAUAAAUAUAGAUAAUGAUUAAACUUUUCCAAUUAUAUUUUCUAUGAUUUUAAUUUAAUUAUCAAGAUUAUUUGUUUCUUAUUUUAGAAAUGUAACUUUUGUUUAUUUUGCUGAGUUAUUUCCUACGGUAGUAAGAAGUAUGACUUUAGGUAUGAUAUUUUCAUUUGCUUAAUUAGGUUUAAUUAUGAUAUAAUUUAUGAGUAUUACACAAAUGAAUGAUUUUGUAUUAAUAGUUCCUAUAGUUUUUUUAAAUAUAGUAGCUCUUUUCCAUUUCUAAUGGUUACCUGAAACAAAUGUAGAAAAUCAAUAUAUAAAAGACGAAAUAUAAGAAAUAUCUUUUGGAUAAGAUGAUGACUUUUUUUUGGAAGAAGAUGAUUAAAAUAUUUAAAAUAAAUAUGUAAAAUAUGAUUGA